CAUAGCUAACAAAAAUUUAUACUGAGUAGAAAGUAUGGUGUGUGAUCGACCAUUCACAAUGGAUCAUACAACACUCAUCGUACGUGACGUGGAGCUAGCUUAGCUACCACACCAAACUACAUUUUUUUUGUGUGUGAUAGAGUAGCAUAUGAUCUUUUAAUUUAGACUGGAAAACAUUAUGUGAGAUUUGAGUGGAAGAGUCACUCACUCACUCACUCAAGCAUGGCGAAAAAUGUUGGAAGCGACUCCAGCGAACUCGGGAGCAUCACUUCUUCCCAGCAAUCUUACCUCAAGAACUGUCCUUUCGCCGGCCACGAAGCUUCUCCGACGAAUUCUGACAACACCGAGAUCCUCAGUAACAAGAUUUCGCCAGCGGUUGUUAUAAAGACUCCGGUUCUCUCGUUUUCUUCUCCGACCAGCCUCGAUUCCAUCAAAGAUGACGUAUUUCGUACUCCUCCUGAGAACGCUUCUCCCUCCUUUGCCGCUGAUUCGGAUCCUGGAGUUAGGUUUUCUGAGAUGAAAUCUCAUAAAGGUUCGAAUUUUAAAUCUCCGUAUUCAAACGCCGAGACAACGCUUCUUUCUUCUCCACCGUCGGAAAAUUUUAGGGUUUCGCAGUCGAAUUCAAAGUCUCCGUCUUCUACGGCAGCGACGACCCCUGUUUCUGCUUCACCGUCGGGAAAAGUUAGGGCUUUGAAGGAGAAGUCGAUCUCUCCGUCUUCUACAGCCGCGACGACGCCUGGUUCUCCUUCACCGUCGGGAAAAGUUAGGGUUUUGGAGACGAAUUCGAAAUCUCCGUCUUCUACGGCCGUGACGUCCCCUGUUUCUGCUUCACCGUCGGGAAAAGUUAGGAUUUUGGAGACGAAUUUGAAAUCACCGUCCUCGACGGCUGAGACGACGCCUGUUUCUGCUCCACCGUCGGAAAAAGUUAGGGUUUCGGAGUCGAAUUCGAAAUCUUCGUCUUCUACGGCUGAGACGACCCCUGUUUCUGCUCCACCGUCGGAAAAAGUUAAGGUCUUGGACACGAAUCGUUCUUUUCCUUUUGUGGCUAAUAAUGGAGCUCUCAAGUCUCCUCCUGGGAGAGUUGUUAAUCUCGGUCCUUCGUCUGCAACUGAAGGGGUCUCUGAAACGGAAGACUCUGGUGAAGUUAUACCUUUCAAAGAAAUUAUUGAAGCCCUUCUUCGUAACAGUGGAGAGAAGCUUGAUGAAAGAGAUGAAAACGUCAGCUGUGUUGACAUUCUCAAAACGUUGGGUUUGAAAUUCCCCUAAAUGGUUACUGAUUUAGUAAGUCUUGUUUGCUUUUUGGCUCUCUCUCUCUCUCUCUGUUUUAGUUUGUUCUUGUUGGUUCUGUUACGGGAUUACGCAUUCAGAUAUUUCCUUUUUGUUGUUGAUGAUAUGAAUGCGUCGGAAAAAUAGUUUGGAGCU